AUGUUAAAAGCUUCAAGUAUUAAUAAAUUACUAAACAAGUUAGUAAAUGAGCCUGCAUAUUCACCGAUUAUCAGCAAAAAUGUUAAUGCUACUAACACAAAAAUAAAGCGUACCGUCUAUCAUAUGAAAAGUAUUGCGUUGAUAGAUAGCACAUCAGGUAAUAUACUUGCGUACUCAAUAAAAAAGACUGGAGCCACAACUGUCAACGAUAAUGAGCCCGAAUUAAGUUUGCCUCUAAUGUGUCUAUUAGUGAGGGAUAAAUAUAUGGAAGAUUCGCAUAGCAAAAAAAAUGAGGAAAAUGAUAUUGUUGUCUACACUUAUGAUUUGGAUGAAGAGUGGAAUGUUUGCUGUGCAUUAAUACCAGGAAGUGAUAUCCUAGUAUGUUAUAUAAGUCGUGCAAACGUUACUGCCAAUACCGCCAGUGUAAAUUUCCCUGUUGGUUUAUUGUGUUUAAAAUUAAAAGUUAAUAUCAAGAAUAAUUUUAAAAGUCUAUACGGUUAUAAAAUGUGA